AUGAGUACUGAGAAAGGAAAUCAUUCAAGAACUAGACCACAAAAAUAUCAAAACAGGACCAGCUUUAAGAACACCCUUCACGACACAAGUCAUAAAACAAAACUAUUAAAUAGCCUUCCAAUCAAUGAAGUUUGUAUUCAUUGCAAAGAAGUCAUUGAAUGGAAAAUUAAAUUUAAAAAAUAUAAGGCAUUAACACAACCCAAGAAAUGUGUUAAAUGUGGCAACAAAAAUGUUAAGCACGCCUACCACAUCAUGUGUUCAGAGUGUGGAAAAAAUUUAGGUCUUUGUUCUAAGUGUGGAAAGUCAAAAAAUGUAGUUCAGGCUCCUUUAAGCAAAGAACAAUUUGAACUUGAUAAUGAAAUGAAGGAACUCCUUAAGAUGUUGCCUGAACGUAAAAAGAGGACUUUUGUCAGGUUUAUGAAUAAAACUCUUAUAUCCAAUGAUGGUAAAAUAAAGGAAAAUCUGCUUGAGAAAUUAAAUUCUCUCAAAAUCAGUGAUGGGGAUGAUUUUUCAAAUUCUGAUGAAGAUUCAGGGGAAAAUGGUUAAUUUAAUGGUUAUAGAAGUAUUUGUAAAAUAUUAAUAAAUUUCUAAAAUCAAAAUCAAAAUAACUUUUUAGUUCUUAGACCCAAUAUGCGCCCAAGCCCUAUGACCUUUCU